AAAAAAAGCAUUUAGAGAAAAAUGCGUGACGUGUAAUGAGCUGAGCCAAAGCAUUUAAUGCAAACGUUAUAACUAUCACAGUAUUUAUUACUUUGAUUAUCGGUAGCAGUGUAUGCGUCUCGGUUUAAUCCAUUAAGCUAACUAAAGGAGGCGUGAAUAUUACAGAUCAUGAAGAAGAUAACCCUUCUAUUGAUUGUGCUGCUUGGAGUGACACACUUCAUAUUGCCAAGCCGAUGCGAAGAAGAUGCCAAAGAUGAUUCAGCAGAAGAUAUUGGAGAGGAAGAUGAGGAUGACGACGAUGAUGAUGAUGCAGAUGACACUGAAGUAAAGGAGGAGAAUGGGGUGCUGGUCCUGACAGAUGAAAACUUUGAUACCUUCAUAGAGGGCAAAGACACAGUACUGGUCGAGUUCUAUGCACCAUGGUGUGGCCACUGCAAACAGUUUGCUCCGGAGUAUGAGAAGAUUGCUCAGACGCUAAAGGAGAAUGACCCACCGAUUCCUGUGGCAAAGGUUGAUGCCACAAAGGCUAGUGCACUGGGAAGUAGAUUUGAAGUUUCUGGAUAUCCCACCAUAAAAAUACUUAAAAAGGGGGAGCCGGUGGACUAUGACGGGGAUCGAAUUGAGCGUGCCAUUGUGGAACGGGUUAAAGAAGUUGCCCAACCAGACUGGAAACCUCCUCCGGAGGCCACCCUAGUCUUGACUAAGGAUAAUUUUGAUGAUGUGGUGAACAAUGCAGACAUUAUUCUGGUGGAGUUCUAUGCACCCUGGUGUGGCCACUGUAAGAGUCUUGUGUGA